AUGGAAGGCCGAGGGAGAACACAAGGAAGGCUGAGGGAGAACACAUGGAAGGCCGAGGGAGAACACAUGGAAGGCCGAGUGAGAACACAUGGAAGGCCGAGGGAGAACACAUGGAAGGCCGAGGGAGAACACAAGGAAGGCCGAGGGAGAACACAAGGAAGGCCGAGGGAGAACACAUGGAAGGCCGAGGGAGAACACAUGGAAGGCCGAGGGAGAACACAUGGAAGGCCGAGGGAGAACACAAGGAAGGCCGAGGGAGAACACAAGGAAGGCCGAGGGAGAACACAAGGAAGGCCGAGGGAGAACACAAGGAAGGCCGAGGGAGAACACAAGGAAGGCCGAGGGAGAACACAAGGAAGGCCGAGGGAGAACACAUGGAAGGCCGAGGGAGAACACAUGGAAGGCCGAGGGAGAACACAAGGAAGGACGAGGGAGAACACAUGGAAGGCCGAGGGAGAACACAUGGAAGGCCGAGGGAGAACACAUGGAAGGCCGAGGGAGAACACAAGGAAGGCCGAGGGAGAACACAUGGAAGGCCGAGGGAGAACACAUGGAAGGCCGAGGGAGAACACAUGGAAGGCCGAGGGAGAACACAAGGAAGGCUGA